GAGACAUAACUGCAUGUCAAGUGAAAAUGAGUGGUGGAAAUUGUGCUAGGGAUCUCCCCGGGCCAGCUUCUGCUAAGCUGCCACAGUGGCUCAAAUCCGGGUUGCUCAGCCACACUUAUAAUUGCCCAGGUGUGGUGGUGGAGCUCAGGCUGCUCAGCACUGAUUGAAGCUCUCUCGGCUCUGUUGCUCCUUCAACUUCGUCAAACCUUCCAAGUCCUGAGCCUCCUCUUUCAAAUGAUUGAACAUAAGUGGAAAAUUUUUAAGGAUUUUCGUUGCUGAUUGAAACCUUUCAUUUCAUUGGGCUAUAGGGGUUCCAUCAGAUCAGGUCAAUGCGAACUAAAUAAGAGAUGGUCGAGCUCCUCCAGCCCUAAGCUUGCAAAUAACUUGAAGACUUGAAACUAACUUCUCCGGCUUCAAGUGUUUCCGCGACCCACUGAGAAGAUGCUCCGCUUUGAUCGUCCUCAAUAUUGUAUGGAGUAGGUGAUUGUAGGUGCUGCUAUGAGCCAUGUACCUUUAGCUUCUUUGGUUGCUGUUUGGUCCUUUAUCUCUCCUUAAAAAGAUGCAUUCGAGAUUUCAGUUUUCGCGUUGUGUUCAUCUUGAGCUUUCACCAUGGUGUUUAUCAAUGCUUCUGCGACGACAAUGUUUCCUUCGUUCUUGAGGUUGCAGGAUUACCACGCCAAUAGGCUUCUAAUUGCACUUACCUUGAUCUUAGGUAUUGGGCUUGCAGUAUUGUUUAGUAGGCCUGGUCAUAAGGACGAGGAGGGCACAAAAGGGACUGAACCUCCCGAGGUCAAAUCAAGGAUUCCACUAUUUGGGCAUUUGAUUGGUAUGCUGAAGGGACAAGUUGGCUACUUCCAGACGUUAAGUUCCAAGCACCCGCUUUAUUCGGUCUUCACGCUCAAGAUAUUCGCCGCACGUAUCUACGUUAUCUGCGAACCUUCACUAAUUCAAGCUGCAUAUCGAAACACGAAAGCGUUUGAUUUUACUACAUUCGUUGUUGAUUCUUCGAAACGCGCGUUCAAUAUUGGCGAGCAUGGGAUGAAAAUAAUUCGCGGGGAAACUUCUCCAGAUUAUGACCCGAAAGGGCCGUUCUUAAAUGGAAAUAACGGGAUAUCGUACCUAAACGAGAAUCAUGGAUUGAUGGUAGAAUACUUAGGACCCAGUGGGAGUCUGCUAGAGUUGAACAAAGGAGUUCUGGGCGCUGUCGCUGAUAUCCUCAAUAACCUUGAUCAGAACUCUGGCAAAGUAUCACUCUACAAAUGGAUGAGAGAUACUCUUACGUUGGCUACUUCUGCGUCUCUUUACGGGCCACACGAUCCCGUGAGUGCUAAUCACAGCCUCAUAGAUUCUCUCUGGGACUUCGAGGAAAACAUGACAAUGCUUAUGCUUGAAUUCCUUCCUACAUUUAUCUGCCCGAAGGCUUAUCAUGGCCGUAGAGCCAUCGAAACAGCCUUUGCAUCCUACUAUGCUUCAUCACAUCAUAUGAUCGCCAGUACACUCAUCAAAUCACGAUUAGAGUGCUCCCAGAAAUGGGGUCUCACAGCUGAGGAGAUUGCGAACAUCGAAAUCGCUACACUUUUCCUCGCGACAACCAAUUCGGCACCAACAUGUUUUUGGCUGCUUGUUAACAUUCUUUCAGAUCCGGCUUUGAUAUCUUCCAUUCGGACCGAGAUCUUCAACAUCAUAUCUAAAAAUAAAGAUGAGGACGGAAUAGAAGAAUGUGUCAUGGACAUUACUCUGUUUCAUUCCCGUUGUCCUAUACUGAUAUCGUGCUUUCGUGAGACGCUUCGUUUCGCUGAUGCAGCAACAUCUGUUCGAUCCGUCACCCAAGAUGUGAUACUCACAUCAUCAACCUCUCAAUCUUCGUUUUUGCUUAAAGCUGGAAACGUCAUACAACUCCCUUCUGGCGUCACUCACAAUUCGCCAUUAAUCUGGGGACCAGACGUUAACUCGUUUAAUCCGUUUCGAUUCCUACCAAGUACCAUUGCGAAACUAGGCAAAGAAAAAAAGAAACAGCAAACACAGGGGUAUUUUCCCUUUGGUGGUGGAAAGCAUUUAUGCCCAGGAAGACAUUUUGCCACAACUGAAAUCCUUUCACUUGUUGCUGCUAUUAUUAUGGGAUUCGAUAUCGACGGUUCAAGUGUGCCUGAUAGAGCUUUUCAAAAGUUGGGGACCGCGGUCAGGAAGCCCAAAAAUGAUGUUGAAGUCAACAUAAAGAGAAGAAAAGGUUGGGAAAAUGUCAAAUGGAAAUUCAAUGUUCAGGGUGAAGUUGAUUUCGAGGCUCUGGUGGGAGAGAAGACUGAUUCCUGAGUCGCGAACGCUGUCUUGCUAUAUAUUGAAAUAUAUCAUUUAAUCAAAAGAUUGUGAGACUCGCUAUCAUUCCCAGAUUAGCCCAAAUUGCAAUCCGACAAAGAUCGUUUCGUAUCCUGAAUUCGUUUUGUGCAUGAAUCUUUUCGGU